AUGGUGCCCUCUACAGCGCUCCUGCUUUCUGCCACUGCGUGCAUCUUCUCCGCUUCCCUUCAGCUUGCUUCGGCAGAGAGUUGCUCCAAGCUUGAUUUUCCAACGUCAUAUGGGAUUUUCGAAUGUGCUGGCAAAGAUAUCAAUCUUUGUGCAUUGUUCGAUUUUACUAAACUCCGAAAUAUGAACAAGCUUGUUGAUUGCACCAUUAAAGGAUUGACAAGCCUUGGCUACAAUGGAUAUCUGUUCAGCAACCUCGAACCUUUGAUUGCUGAUAUUUUUACUAACCUCGUAAAUAUAUCUGGUGCAGAGAAAAGUCUCGAAACUCUUGCUCAUUACUGCGACACUCACCAAAACGAGAGCUUCUGCCAAGUUCCCGCACUUGCCAAUGCAAAGUGCUCGACUCCCGUGAAAGUCAAUGUGCCAAAGGAUGCUAAAAAAGACUGCUUGGUUUCAAACAUCGAUGCACUGAACGAAGGGGAUGUAUACAGACACGCAGCGUGUGUUGUAGUCACAGCUCUGACUAAGCUGAGUGGUAACAACACCCUUUUGAAAGCUGAAAUAGAUUCCGUGCUCAACGUGCUGAGCUUCUACGGUGACUGCAAGACCAUAAAAAUGUCUUAG